AAAGCGUUUGGGACAGCCUCUGGUGGCCAAAGUGCAUGGAAUUUUCAUGUGAUUUAAGAAGUGUGAACGCGGGCCGAAGCCGAAGAUAACAAAAUGCAGAAGGAAAACAAUACAACAGUGGAGAAUUGCCAAUAUGUGGGGCCAUAUCGUCUGGAAAAAACGCUCGGCAAAGGACAGACUGGUCUGGUCAAACUGGGCGUACACUGUGUGACCGGGAAAAAGGUGGCCAUUAAAAUUAUCAAUCGUGAAAAAUUAAGUGAAUCUGUGUUAAUGAAGGUUGAACGUGAAAUAGCUAUUAUGAAAUUAAUUGAUCAUCCCCAUGUACUGGGUCUAAGUGAAGUCUACGAAAAUAAGAAAUAUUUAUAUCUAAUAUUAGAACACGUGUCCGGCGGUGAACUCUUUGAUUAUUUAGUUAAAAAGGGUCGAUUAACACCGAAAGAAGCGCGUAAAUUUUUCCGCCAAAUUAUAUCAGCGCUAGAUUUUUGUCAUUCACAUUCAAUAUGUCAUAGAGAUUUGAAACCAGAAAAUUUACUACUGGACGAGAAAAAUAAUAUUAAAAUAGCAGAUUUUGGUAUGGCCUCACUACAGCCGGCCGGCUCAAUGUUGGAAACAUCAUGUGGCUCACCACACUAUGCCUGUCCCGAAGUUAUAAGGGGUGAAAAAUACGAUGGCCGGAAAGCGGAUGUGUGGUCAUGCGGUGUUAUUUUGUACGCACUUUUGGUGGGCGCACUACCCUUCGAUGACGACAACUUGCGACAAUUGUUGGAGAAAGUGAAGCGAGGUGUGUUCCACAUACCACACUUUGUGCCACCCGAUUGCCAGAGUCUAUUGCGCGGCAUGAUAGAAGUAAAUCCUGAACGGCGGCUGACGUUGGCGGAAAUCAAUCGACAUCCUUGGGUAACGGCCGGUGGCAAGGGUGAACUGGAAUUGGAAUUACCUAUGAUGGAAGUUGUUCAGACACAUGUAAUACCAUCUGCUUCGGCUGUGGAUCCUGAUGUUUUAAAUGCCAUCUGUUCCUUGGGUUGUUUUAAGGAAAAGGAUAAACUAAUACAAGAGUUGCUGAGUACAACUCACAACACAGAAAAGGUGAUUUAUUUUUUACUACUGGAUCGUAAACGUAGACGUCCAGCAUUAGAGGACGAUGAUGAAAUUACUCAAAAGUCUCGCAGUGAAUUGGAUUCUGCCGAUCCGCCCCGCAAACGUUUGGAUACAUGCCGCAUCAAUGGCACCAAUUCCCCCAGCUAUGGCCAAAUUUCCGAAGGAUCUCCACUGACGCCAAGAAGACAGGCAUUCAACUUCCGGUCCUACAGUAGCACACGCAACCAUCAACGACGUUCGCCGACUUCGGUUUCCUCGAUGCGUUCAUCGUCAUAUCAUAGUCCAACGAGAUGCAAUUCGCCCAUUAAUUCGGCCCAACAACAGGCCAAUGUCUUGUCGAGACCCUCAUCACCGGCCGCUUCAUCAGGACAUGCAUCACGCCAUUCUUCCUAUGGUGAUCGAGAACGAUCAGCUUCGGUCCAUCAUCCACCCAGUGGACGAUCGUCGUCGCAUUCGUCACAGACAUGUGUCGAGGGCCAUAACAACAGUGGAAGUGGCGGUGGUGGUAGCGGCGGCGGCGGUAGUAGCAGCAGUAACACCAGUAACGAUGUUGUGGCCCGGGAAAUGCGAGAACGAAGGGAAUCACGCAACGAACGUUCAUCCACAGUGCAGACUAGUUGUGUGCCAGGAAGUCCUGGUGGUAAUUCGGCUACCGUACAUCAAAGGGCCAAUUCGGGACCCACAAUCGCCAUCAGUAUGUUCCACGACCCAGAAGCAAAUAAUGUUAUGAAUCCUACAACAUCGCCGCUAAUGAACAAUAGCACAGCUGCCAUGCCAGGAUCACCUUGUAAUGCACCUGGCGGGCAAUUGUGGAAAACUAGACUCACCAAUAUUAAGAACAGUUUCUUGGGCAGUCCAAGAUUCCAUCGUAGAAAACUUCAGGUUUCCGCAGAUGAGGUACAUUUAACACCGGAAUCAUCGCCCGAAUUAACCAAACGUUCCUGGUUUGGUAAUUUAAUAACAACCGAAAAGGAUGAGACCUUUACAAUUUUAGUUAAGGGUAAACCCAUUGCCACAGUCAAAGCCCAUCUGAUACAUGCAUUUCUUUCGAUGGCAGAAUUAUCACACAGUGUGGUUUCUCCUACAUCAUUCCGUGUGGAGUAUAAACGAAACGGAAAUGGUCCAGUCAUGUUUCAAAGACAUGUCAAAUUUCAGGUCGAUAUUAGUGCAAUUUGCAAACAAGGUGACGUGGCCGAUAUGUUAUUUGCUUUAACAUUUACACUGUUGUCAGGAAAUAUACGACGAUUCCGGCGUAUUUGUGAACACAUACAAUCACAGGUGUGUUCGAAACGUUUCCCCGGACCCAAUAGUCCACCAUCGGUGACAACUGUCACGCAGGCUGUGUCAGAAAGUUCAUCGUGCGGUUCGGUUUCCAGUGAGCGACUGUCAUACAAACGUCAGAUUGAAAACGAAGUGGAAAAUGACUCAAUAUUCACAUACAAAUCUGGCAGCAGUCGUCGUUCCUCAGCUACCAACAACAACAAUGCCAAUCCAAUCGACAUACCCGGAAGUCCUAUAGCAGUGAGAUCCAACUCCGAAUCGGCUGAACAGGAACGCACGCGCGAACUGCAGAGUGAUCGUCAGGCGACAACAAUGUCCGGGAGUGCAAUAGCAUGAGAAUUAUUUCUCUGAUUUGGUUAUACGUUUAUGCAACCGAUUUUAUUUCAACUCCAAAUCUCCA